AGAGAUGGAAUUAGAGACUUGAGAGGGCGAUAUGGAAAUAUAAUCGUCUACUCCUCCUCCUCUCUCUCUCUAUUCCUGAUUCCACCAUGGAACCCACUGUCAAUUUCCUUCAAUCUCUCAAUUCCUUGUUUCCAUCGCAUUCUGUUCAAAAUCACCCCUUGAUUUUCACUCUCCUUGCCGGUUUUCUCGUUCUUUUGUUUUUCAGAUGCCGGCGCCGGCGCUUGCAGCUGCCACCGGGACCCCCCGGCGUUCCUCUGCUCGGAAAUCUACUGUUUCUAGAUCCACAGCUUCACACUUACUUCACCGAAUUGGCCCGGAAAUACGGUCCAAUUGUAAAGCUCCAACUCGGUACAAAGAUUGGUAUAAUCUUCAACUCACACUCUGUCGCACGUGAGGUGUUGAAGGACCACGAUAUCGCCUUCGCCAACCACGACGUUCCUCGGGCAGCCAGAGCCGCUACAUACGGCGGUUACGACAUAGUUUGGAGUCCAUACGGACCCGAGUGGCGGAUGUUGAGAAAAAUUUGUACGAUGAAGAUGCUCAGUAACGCUAGUUUGGACUCUGUCUACGAGCUCCGCCGUAGAGAGGUCAGAAACACCGUUGCUCACCUAUACCGGCGAGCCGGGUCGGCGGUGAACAUAGGAGAGCAGGGGUUUUUGACGGUUUUCAACAUCGUGACGAGCAUGUUGUGGGGUGGGUCGGUGGACGGGGACGAAAGGGACGGGAUUGCGGCUGAGUUCAGAGAGCUAAUUUCGGACAUAACUUUGCUGUUGGGUAAGCCUAAUGUGUCGGACUUUUUCCCGAGCUUGGCUCGUUUCGAUCUCCAAGGCAUCGAGAAACAAAUGCUUAAGCUCGCACCAAAAUUGGACAACAUCUUCGAAAAGAUGAUCAAUCAACGACUGAGAAUGGCCGAUGGGGACGAGAAUCAGGACAAAAACGAUUUCUUGCAAUUCUUACUUCAGAUCAAAGACGAAGGCGAUUCCAAGACGCCUCUCACCAUGGUUCAAAUCAAAGGCGUGCUCAUGGACAUGGUGGUAGGUGGAACAGACACAUCCUCAAACACCAUUGAGUUUGCGAUGGCAGAGAUGAUGAAGAACCCAAAUGUUCUAAAGAAAGUGCAAGAAGAAUUAGCCGUCGUGAUCGGAGACGAGAACAUCGUAGAAGAGUCCCAUAUUGAGAGUCUGCCAUAUCUGAAAGCCGUAGUGAAAGAAACGUUGCGUCUGCAUCCAGUGUUGCCGCUGCUAGUGCCGCACUGUCCGAGCGAAACCACCGUGAUAUGUAAUUACACAAUCCCAAAGGGGUGUCGGGUGUUCAUCAACGCGUGGGCCAUUCAGCGAGACCCCAAUCAAUGGAGAAACCCAUUGGAGUUUGAGCCGGAGAGAUUCUUGAAUGAUAAGAUGGAUUUCAACGGGAGUGAUUUCCGAUUCAUUCCAUUUGGAUCAGGGAGAAGAAACUGCGCAGGGACAGGGUUGGCGGAAAGAAUGAUUAUGUAUUUGCUUGCCACGUUUUUGCACUCGUUUGAUUGGAAAUUGAAAGAGGGUGAGGAAUUGAAGACCGACGAGAAAUUUGGGAUUGUUUUGAAGAUGAAGACUCCUCUGGUUGCCAUCUGCACUCCCAGGCUCUCCCACCCCACUCUGUAUCGGUAACUAAGUGGUUUGGUCUUAUU